AUGCCUUCCUGGGCGGAGGCCUACCGGGAGUGGGCGCGCGCCCACCCCGGCGUCCUGCAGUCCGCGGGCGAGACUCUGGACCAGCUGACGUGGCUGCUGCCGCAGCGCUUCAGCGGCUCGGAGGUGCUGUCCGAGAGCCUGAGCGCGGCGCUGGGCCUGGCGGGCCUCUGGCACGGAUGGUUCGUCAGCGACUGGGAAGCGCCGGGACAGUCGGCGCCGUGGCCGAUGCUACUGGCGAUUGUGAGGAGGGUUGAGGUGCUGGUGGAGAUGCGUGCCAGUUAUCUAGAAGACCUAGGGAAAUGGAGCAAAUAUGGACCCCUUAUGGUCGUGGAAUUGACCAAGUCGCUCUUGCGACUGUUCAUGUUCCAGAGCAUGGCUUCCCAUCUUGCAAUCGACUCUGACACACCCACGAUCCGGAUGCAAGCCCCCACGGGGCCUGGCACACCCUACUCCGCAUCCUGUGGUGACCGGCCCCCAGCCCUUAUCACCGCAUUCGCAAGGCUGAGGAAUAGAGACAGGGUGCUGUCACCUGAGAUGGUGCAAUUGAUGCCCCAAGGCUUGAACGACGAUCCCCCCUCAGCACAAUGUAGCCAGGGCACUGAUGGGACCGACCCAGACACCGCAAUGCACCAGGAAAUUGCACUGCCAGAUAAUGGGGAACCCAGUGGCGCCUCCGGCGUGGCAUCUCCCCGCAGCGACGGUUUUGAGGUCAUCUGGAACGAGCAUGUCAAAUCGCACGGGGAGCCCCUUUGGUGGCAGAAGCCAGGAUUGGCGCUGAGCAGCGAGGAGGGCCCGUUAGCAGCCAUGGCGAUGCCUGGGGCAUCCAGUCAGCAUGCGCUGGGCCAGAGGGUGCUGCUUGUCGGGGAGUUGUUGCAGAUCGUGCGGCCACUGCUGUAUGUGAUGGCGCUGCGAAGGAACGGCUGCCACUCAUGGGCACCCUGGCUGCUGUCCCUGGGUCUGGAGCUGACGAGCCACCACCUGGUAGCCAGGGGGGGCGACCUCAUGCGGGAGUCCGGCCUGUCGCCCCAUGACGGCCCCGGCAGCCUCCAGGAGAGCACCUUCCUGUACAUGCUGCGCCUGGCGAACUUCGAGUGGGGCCCAGCGGAGGCCAGGGAGCUACGGCGCAGGAAGAUGCUGCUGCUGCUGUACCUGCUGAGGAGCCCCUUCUUCGAUCUGGUGACUGGGCGGGUGGUGAGGGGAACCGGGCGAGUGUUCGGCAGGCUGCCACUGGUGGGGUGCCUGGCGGGGAAGGCGGUGGAGCUGCUGCUGGGGGCGCAGCAGUAUUACUCAUACACGAGCGGGAGCUAG